AUGCCUUUCCGUGACCUUAAAAGGGACAAGAAGAGGCAGAAGGAACAGACACCGAAACGUCGAACCAUGAAGCAGAAGCAACAGAGUUGGGUGAUGACAGGGUUAAAAGCCUUGAAGGUAAUUGCAAUGCUGGCGACCUUGAUCUUCGCCCAGCCAGGGUUGGACUGGUCAUCACCAAUUGACCACUUUGAAACUUUUGCUGGAAAGAUGAGUGCAGGACGAACGGCUGUUCCCUUCGAGCUGGAUCUCGACCCGAAGACCCAAGAUAUUCUUACCCCCCACGGGUUUGCAAAUGCGUGCUUCCAAGUGUUGAGACUGCGGGUGGGAGGGGCGGACCUUCACGCACCUGUGUGUUCAACAUGGGUGUGGAUGAGUCGUGGAAGUACUUUGAGAAGCGCUUGCCGGCCAUUAGGCCGAAGUGACUCCAAGAAGGUGCACGAAGGCAACGUCAUGACUGCCAGAGUAAUGGUCUUGAUGAUCCUUGCAGCGUGCAAAGGAUGUUGGUCCAUACUAGAACAGCCGCAGAGCAGCUUGAUGUCAUGUCACCCAACUUUCCAAAGAAUGCUGAAACUUCUACGAAUCUUCAAAGUGACGGUCAAAAUGUGUGACUACGGUGGCUCAACAGAUAAGCCGCUGACCUUGUUUUCCAAGAUCGCUGACAUUUUGGAAGAGCGGCAGCCAUCCAAACGAGCAUCUGGUGAAUGUCCUGAGAUGACGGUGAAGUACAUUGACGGGUCAGGGAAGCAGAGAUGCAAAGGUGGAGCUGAUCUCAAAGCUUCACAACAUUACCCUCCUUUGUUUGGCAAAUGUCUCGCCAAGGUGCGGUCCAAGCAUCUGAAGAAGGUGAGGUCACAAGCCCGCCAGUUCCUCCGGCGAGCAGCCCAAGAGGGCGGGGAAUUGGAUGACCGAAUGGGCACCAAUGCUCACUGGCUAAAGCAUGCUGACCUUUACCCAGUGCUGUCUUACUUGACAAACAAUGCAGUUGACAACUAG